ACUAGUGUAAUCAAUUAUUUUGUGAUCUAGUGAAUAUACAUGAUGAAAGUUCCAAGAGCCAUUGAAGAGACAAAAUUUAACAAUGAAGAUGACGAAAAAAUUGUAGGAGCAAUAAAACAAUGUCUCGAAGACGAUAGUUGUCUACCUUUGUUAAAGGAAGAGAUUAAAUUAAAAAUUCAGUGUAAGAGGGUAAUAUCAGGAGAGGAAGAAUUAAAAGUGGAACAUCGUCGACCUGUAAAAUAUUUAUUAACAGAAGAAGAAGUAUUCAAACGUAACAGACGGAAGGAACAGAACAGAAAAUCAGCUGUCCGUACACGGGCAAGACAGAAAGCACGAAUAGCAGUACUGGAAAAAGAAGUAAAUUCACUAGAGGAAGAUCAGUGUAGCUUAGAACAAACAAUAGACUCUUUGAGGACAGAGUUGCAAACUUUGGACAACUUGUUUAAAAUACACAAGUGUUCUAAAGUAAAACUUAAUUCUACUUGUCGUUUGUCGAUACCACUUCAGCCGACUGUGAAUAAUCUAGUGAUGCUUGGAGGGAUAUAGACUGAAUUUAAUUCUUUACUAUCAAUUGUUAGUUACAUUUUACAAGUUCUGUAACAAUAUGCAAGUCAAGCGAUAAUGUUUAAUAUUGAUUGAGAUUAUUAUAUAAUAUCGAUGUUCAUUCAAAACAAAUAUAAUGAGUCAUUCAUACGAUUCAUACAAGUUUAUACCACAUGAUUGUUUACCGCACAGUACCUUCUAGUCGUAUAAACCAUCAUAGUUUUAGACUAAAAUAAAACAUGAACUCUCAA